AUGAAGCUAGGAAACUUGAUGACUCAGAUAGCAACAGAAUCAACAUUAUUGGUUCUUGAUGAUGUUUGGGAGGACUCCGUUGUUCGGAAAUUUGUCUUUGGAGCAGUAAAAUAUAAGGUCCUAGUUACUUCAAGAACUCAAUGUCAGGCCUUCGAUAAUAAAUAUUCCUUGAAAAUGCUCGACGAUGUAGAUGCCAUAUCUCUCUUCCGUCACUCAGUAUUUCCUCAAAAUGGGAAUGUGAAGUAUGAGGAGCCUGACAAGGAGCUUCAAAUGAAGAUAGUGAGAGAUUGCAAGGGAUUCCCAAUGGCUCUUAAGGUGACUGGCCACUCAUUGCAUCUGCAGCCUACCAGGGUGUGGCAACAAAAAGAGAGGAUGUUGUCAAGUUGCUCCAUUUUUAAGUCCCAUAGUGAUUUGCUGAGUUGUCUUGUAACCAGCUUAGAAUACUUGAAUGAGGAGGUUCAAGAAUGCUUUAUGGACUUGGGUUCCUUUCCUGAAGAUGAAAGAAUCCCUACUUCAUCUCUUAUAGAUAUAUGGGUUGAACUUUAUGGAAUAAAUGAUUGCAAGCUAUAA